AUGCGAGCUGUGGCUGGACACCUCGGUCCACGCACAGAGGCGUAUGUUGCCAACCACCACAAUCCCAACAAGUGCCAGGCCACCCUGGGCUUCAUCGGCGCGGCCCUCCUCCAGGGCAUCGAGGUGCAGCGCCUUGAGGAUGCGGAGGGCUUUGCCUUGGGCUGCCUGCACGGCCUGAAUGCUGGCUUCACGGACGCGCGCUUCGUGUCGCUCGGUGCGGACGCAGAGGCAGCCCGGCAAGCAGUCCGCAACGCCCUGUUCCGGGAGAAGGAGUUGAGCCCAAUGAAGCAAAUCCAGAUCUUUCGCCUGACGCGGCCGCGCGCCUCUUCACUAUGA